AUGGGUAUAGCAGCAGAGGCAGUCGGUGCUGGUCGUUGGCUUUGCUUUGUGGUUUUGGAGGUAUAUGGCAGUCGGUCGGUGAUGAGUAUAGCAGUAGAGGCAGUCGAUGCUGGUCGUUGGCUUUGCUUUGUGGUUUUGGCUUUGUGGGUUCGAGGAAACUAUUAUAUGAGUAUCAACCAGCCAGGUGCUGGAUCUCACUGGCGCCGGACAACUGGCCAAGAAGUUUACUCACCCCUUCUUUUAGCUUUCACACAUGAGAAAUCAGAAGAUUGGAAAGCUUCUCAUAUAACUAAGGCGACAGCCAUGGAUCCAAACUAUAGCUUACCUCUUAAUGUGGCAUUGAUUACUCUUGAGGAAUUAGAAGACAACAGUGUUCUCCUCCGUUUGGCACAUCUAUACGAGGCUGACGAAGAUGCAGACUAUUCAAAAUUAGUCAACAUAGAACUGAAGAAGAUGUUUGCUGGAAAAACUAUAACGGAGGUAAAGGAAAUGAGCUUAUCAGCAAACCAAGAGAAAUCAGAGAUGAAGAGGUUGACAUGGAAGGUUAAGGGGGACAGUGGAGGUGAGCCUGCACCAGUUAGAGGUGGCCCUGUAGAUAGCUCCGCCCUUAUUGUUGAGCUCAGUCCCAUGGAGAUUCGGACUUUCCUCUUGAAAUUUUAA